AUGAUCCUGCUCUUCCAAGAUGACAAGGUCAGUGGAGAUGGCCAAUGGAUUGAUGUGCCCCCCAUGCGCCACUCCAUUGUUAUCAUCCUUGACCAACUUGAGGUGAUCACUAAUGUGAAGUACAAGAGUGUGGUGCACAGAGUGAUUGCCCAAACUGAUGGCACCAGAAUGUCAAUAGCUUCCUUCUACAACCCUGGCAGUGUUGCUGUCAUCUACCCUGCACCAACACUGGUGGAGAAAGAAGCAGAGGAGAAGAAUCAAGUUUACCUGAAAUUCGUGUUCGAAGACUAUAUGAAGCUCUAUGAUGGCCUUAAGUUCCAGGCCAACGAACCAAGCUGUCACCUUAGAAAACAAGGACUUCUUCAACCAAGAAAAAAGAAAACAAGGGCUAUAAAAUCUGUGGCCAAAUAG